AUGAAGUUCUCUGUGGUGUCUGCGCUCUCGCUUUCAGCGCUUGCUUCGGCGAGCUGGGUGAAGAACCUCAACUACCGUUCCCCAUCCGAGAACCACCCUGGAAUGGGCAUAUCUCUCCGCAAGGUCAACAAGAGAAACACCCCAGACAAGGCUUUCACGCCCUCCCAGCUCAACUUCACCCAUGGCGUGGCUUCUGGUGACCCAUACUCUGACUCCGUCAUCCUGUGGACUCGUGCCGCUCCCAUGCAGGCGAACGUCAACAGCAACUCGACUGUCAGCGGCUACGUCCCUCUCUACUGGCACGGACCCAACGUCAGUGUUUCCACUGCACCAGUCUGUGUGCAGUUCAAGGUCGCCAGGACUGCCGACUUCAAGCACGUCGAGAGCAGCGGAACCGUCUACACGUCCAGCGAUAUCGAUUAUACCGUCAAAGUUGAGGCUGCCAACUUGACCGCCUUCACUCGCUACUACUACCAGUUCAACAUUUGCAACUCGAACGUCACCAGCCCGCUCGGCAGGACCAAGACGGUGCCAGAUGCCAAUGACUACACGUCGAAGGUUGGCCUUGCUAUCUACUCAUGCAGCAACUUCCCCUUCGGUUUCUUCAAUGCCUUCGGGAACCCCGCUCGCAAGGAUAGCGUUGACUAUGUCAUCCAUCUCGGCGAUUACAUUUACGAAUAUGCUGGUGAUGGUGAUUACGGCUACGGUUAUGCUAUCGACCGUGUCAACAGCCCAAACAGCGUCAUCUACACCCUCAACGACUACCGUCAGCGUCUGGCUUCCUACCGUACUGAUCUGGAUCUUCUCCUGUCUCACCAGCAGUUCCCGUGGAUUCCAGUCUGGGACGACCAUGAGGUUGCUGAUAACACCUACCGUGAUGGCGAGGCUGAUGUGAACAACACCGAGGCUUCAUUCAUCAUGGACGGUGGUGUGGCGGUUGACCAGCGCAAGAUGAAUGCUGUUCGUGCUUACUUCGAGUGGAUGCCUAUCCGUCAAGUCGAGAUGGACGACAAUCUUCGCAUUUGGCGUUCCUUCCAGAUCGGCUCCCUGUUCGACCUUAUUAUGCUUGACACUCGCCAAUAUGACCGCUCCAUUACUGACUUGUACUGGAACACCGACUACAUUCAUGAGAUCUCCAACGACGCUGGUCGCUCGAUGAUGGGUAGCCGCCAAGAGAAUUGGUUCUACAAUCAACUUGCCGAGUCCGCCGAUCGUGGCGCCCGCUGGCGCGUCAUCGGCUCGCAGACCGUCUUCUCGAAGAUCAACGAGUCUGUAGCUUAUGGCAACGUCGACCCCCUCGACUACGACGCAUGGGAUGGCUACCAAGCCAACCGCAACCGCACCCUGAACUACCUAACGGAGAACAACAUCGGCAACAACAUCGUCAUCUCCGGCGACUCCCACGCGAGCUGGGUCUCGGACCUCGUCUGGCUCGAUCACUCCAACUACUCCUCCUCAACCGGCGCCGGCGGCCUCGGAGUCGAAUUCGCCGGCUCGGCCGUCAGCUCGCCUUGCCCUUACGGCCAGAACAUCACCCUCAAGUCGGCGAACAACUACAGCGAUUGGCUCGAGGGUGCUAACCCGGAACUCCACUGGAACGACCUCUAUUACCGCGGCUACUUCGAGCUGCAGAUCGGGUACGACGAAGUCAAUGCAUCCUUCUUCGGUAUGCCGACUAUCAUCAACCGGAAUCCGUAUGAGAUUAGUCUGGCCAACUUCACGGUCAAGAGUGGGGAGAAUCGGCUUCAGAGGCCUAUUGCUGGGGGUGUGGCGGAGAGUGGGAGUUUGAAGGGCGGGGUGAUUCAGCAGACGAACAUUACGAAUAAUACUAUGAAUGGUCAGUAUUUGAUUACGAUGGAUAACCAGGAGGAUGAUUAG